UGCCGCCCAGUUAUUUACUGUUUUGUUUUGUAAACAUAAAACUGCUUCGAUUUUAGAUCAAAUUUUUAAAAAUGUGAAUGAUUGUGGUAACCAUUUAACGUUAGUGCGAUGCAGAUUUCUUGAGCUAAUUGAAUAAAAGUUAAUUAUAUUUUUGGGACAACUGAAGUGUACGAUUCCAAAGCUCCAGUCGGCUCCCCAUACUUAACCAAUACUUAGAGCGUUGAAAACGUCUCAUUCAAUCAAACUUGAUGUCAUCGAAAUUACACAACAGUUACUGCUACUUUGUGUCGUGCACACGAGUGAAAGUGCGUAGACUUAAGCCAGUGCCUCAUUGCUAAUCACUCGAGCGGGAUGUCCGACUUCACUAAGCUUCACAGUAGCAUCUUUCAUCCUACCUUGCGAAAAUUGCAGUGCCGGGAGGUGGACAUCGCUGCACACAAUCUUAUGUAUCCGAUUUUUCUGGUAGACGAUGACGACGCAAUUCAGGAAAUAUCCAGCAUGCCGGGAAUGGCACGCUAUGGUAUUACCCCUUUGAAGAAACAUUUAACACCGCUCGUCGAGAAAGGUUUAGCUUCGAUUUUGCUCUUUGCGGUGACAGAAAAAUUACCGAAGGACGACACCGGUUCCAGUGCCGACUCGAAAGACAACCCGGUGGUCAGAGCCCUGCCGCUGCUUCGCCAGUGGUUUCCGGAUCUGUUGAUCGCUUGCGAUGUUUGUCUGUGUCCCUACACCAGCCACGGUCACUGCGGACUUCUUACCAGUGACGGUGUAAUCGACAAUGAACCCAGUAUCAAGCGGAUAGCGGAGGUUUCGUUGGCUUACGCGAAGGCCGGCGCUCACAUUGUUGCCCCAUCGGACAUGAUGGACAAUCGGAUCUGGGCAAUCAAGCAGAUUCUGAAGGCAAACCAGAUGGAGAACCGGGUGUCGGUGCUUUCCUAUUCGGUUAAAUUUGCCUCCGGGUUCUAUGGGCCGUUUCGCGAUGCGGCCAAGUCGGCACCGGCGUUCGGAGAUCGAAAGUGCUACCAGCUGCCACCGGGUUCGAAGGGCCUCGCUAAACGAGCGGCGAAACGUGACGUCGAAGAAGGCGCUGAUAUGCUGAUGGUGAAACCGGGCAUGGCAUAUUUGGACAUCGUAAAGCAGGUUAAAGACGAUUACCCUGAGCUACCGCUUUUCAUUUAUCAGGUUUCAGGCGAAUAUUCAAUGCUUCUAAACGCCGGUAAAAUUGGUGCCUUCGAUUUGCGAACAGUCCUGUGGGAGGUGUUAAUUGGCAUGCGCCGAGCAGGAGCAGACUGCAUUAUCACGUACUUUACACCGACUCUAUUGGAUUGGUUGCGGGAAUAGCCUCGGUAGCGCUUGUUUGCUUACCAAUACAAACUACGACUACUACCAGGUACAUUUGUGAGAUUGAUGAUACACACAGUACUACGUGGUGAUUACUGGCUUAGAUUGUAGUUCUCGCUAAGAUUAAUAUUAGAUUUAUGUUCCUAAAUAAAAUUCAGAGGAUAAUGUCGUUUGGUUUGCUGCAGAGUUACACUUGAUAAAUAAACAAAAACUGUUUCCUGAUUUGAAAAAUCUCUGCAGGAGUAUUCUCGAUUCUAACAAUGAUAUGAGCAGGAAUCUAUCACUCACGAGUAAGGGUCCAGAUAAUUCACUACUU